AUGGAAGAUUCAGCCAGUUUUUACAAUAAAAAAGGAUUUUAUUCCAUAAUUUUACAAAGUAUCUGUGAUGCCAAAUGUAAAUUCAUCGAUGUAUUUGUUGGAUGGCCUGGUUCAUCACAUGAUGCUAGAGUAUGGCGAGAGAGUCCAAUAGGUUGUGGUCUUGUAGAAGAUAAUCUAAGAUUACCCGAAGGAACGCACCUACUAGGAGAUUCCGCAUAUCCGUUGCAUUCAUACUUAAUGACUCCAUUUCGUGAUAAUGGACAUUUAAGUCGAAGGCAGAUCAACUACAAUACAAAACUAAGUUCCAAAAGAAUUGUUAUUGAACAAGCAUAUGGUCUUUUAAAAGGGAGAUUCCGCAGACUGCAAUUUUUAAAUAUGUUUCUUGUGAACGAGAUGCAAACUGUAGUUAUUACAUGCUGUAUUUUGCAUAAUAUUUGUAUUACACAUAAUGAUACAUAUGAAUUCGAUGAUUAUGAAGAAGAAAAUCAACAAAAUGACGAACAGGCAAAUAGAGAAAAUGUUUUGAUUGCAUCCAACGGUGCAGCUGACAAGCGAAAAGAAAUAGUGGACUCUUUGUAUCUCGGUAGAUAA